UAUCUGUGGGGGAGGAAAAUCCAGUCUAACCUCUUCAUCUGUACAAAGUCAUCGAAUUUUUUGGAGUUGUUGAAUAUUAUUAAAAAUAGUAAGAGCUGCACUCACUGUAAAAAUGUUUGGGCGAAUGAUUUCUACGGUUUUCCAGGCACUCCAAAGACCGGUGUUCCUGCCGAUGAGGUCGAUGAGUACACCCUCUCGAAAACUACCUCUAACACCCUAUGAAAUAGCAGGAGGAAGGUGGGGGGCAAUGCCAUUCAUUCACCAGGUGAGAAACAACUGGCCAAGGCCGAAGGAAACUAAAAGGAUCAAGACCCAUGGCUACAAGAAAAGGAUGUCCACCCUCGCUGGAAGGAAAAUCAUUAUGAGAAGAAUCCUUAAGGGGUGCUCUAUCCUCGCACAUUAAGAAAAUAAUUCAUGAAAUAUCUAGCGAACGUGGGAGCAAAACUAGAAUUUAUUUCGCGAAUUUUCGAAGCCCAUUCUAACGAAUAGUUCAUUACGUCACAUAAUUUCUACUUUGUAAAUUUUUUUUUCUGUGUAAUUUGUUAUACCAGUUAUACACCAAAAAAUAUAAUUAAUUUAUUGAUAAUGAUGAGUGCAAGUAA